AUGGAUUCCAUGCGGUCGCUAAAUAGCUCCUUGCCUUCCUCAAAUUCUACGACGCAGCGCCCCGAAGUUCUAUUACAGGCCUUCAAGACUGCAGCGCUCUCAGUAACCAAUCUUUAUAAAAGUGCUGUUGCGGACCAAAUCCAAUCUCGACAUAUUGGAUACCAAGAUGCCCUUGAGGAUCUCCGGGCUUUUCUAGAUAAGGAAGGGUUGGGGAUUAGUGAUGGCGAAGGAAACAAAAUUCGCCAUUGGAUAGCGGAGCGAAUAGAUGGUACGGGGACUGCGGCAAAUGACAGUGAUGACGAGAAAGGAGAGCCGACAAAGACACAUCGGGGAGCAUCUCCAAAUUUUACACGGAAAGAAUCCGUCGAAUCUAGCCAGCCAGGCCGACAAGUCAGAUCAGCAUCGCCUCCCCGACAAGACCACCCGACUCCGCAUUCCGCCGCAAAUGAUAGCCGCCCUACUCUGUUCACGUUUAAUGCAGGCCCGCAGUUUCCAUCGGCUAUACCAGAGGACACCGACAUGCGGAUACCAGAUACUUCUCCGCCGAUACAGACUGAAUCAGUUAAUCAUUCACACAUAGUACACCCUUCCGUUCGACUCGAAGUCCUUCCUCGUGGCCCUCGUACUCCCCAUAGAAGUAACUCUCGACAUAACGGCCGUUCUUCUACACGAGAUCCCAGUUCCGCGAUUGGCUCGAAACGGAAAUUUCACUUCAACGACUUUUUCGACAUUUCAAAUAUAGGGAACGGUAAGGACGGAUUCGGAGGGGGGAAACGGGGAAGGUUCUUAUAG